CAAGUAGCUGCUAGUUUUUUCACCAUACUGAGAAAUUAAGCAAGAGGCAUAGUUUUAGAACAACAGUAUGUCUAAGAGCUCUAUGGCUCAGAUGAUCAAUCUGGCGAAGCCGUUUGUGGCUGUCACUCUGAUGCAAUUUGGGUAUGCAGGAAUGUCCAUAAUUUCAAAGUUUGCUCUCAACCGGGGGAUGAGCCAACAUGUAUUGGUCGUGUACCGGCAUGCUGUUGCCACUGUUUUUAUAGCUCCUUUUGCCAUUGUGUUUGAUAGGAAAGUAAGGCCAAAGAUGACCUUCUCUGUUUUCACCAAGAUUUUGUUACUUGGCCUAUUAGAGCCUGUAAUCGACCAGAACCUGUUCUAUACCGGGAUGAAGCUUACAACAGCAACUUUUACAUCUGCCAUGUGCAAUGUUCUUCCUGCCUUUGCAUUCAUAAUGGCUUGGAUUUUCAGGCUUGAGAAUAUUAAUUUUAGAAGCCUGCGUAGCCUGGCAAAGAUAUUGGGGACCAUAGUGACUGUGGGAGGAGCUAUGCUUAUGACUCUAAUUAAUGGACCGAUGCUGAAUCUUCCUUGGACAAGAAGAAACAUUCAUCAAGAAUCUACAAGUGCCACAGAUCAUCAAGAUCCCAUAAAGGGUACUCUCCUGAUUGGAGCUGGAUGUUUCUGUUGGGCUGGUUUCGUCAAUCUGCAAGCAAUUACGCUAAAGUCUUACCCCGCUGAGCUCUCCCUAGCAGCUUGGAUAUGCUUGAUGGGCACGGUUCAAGGCACCGUGGUGGCCCUAGGUUUCGAAUGGGAUAACCCUGCAGCUUGGUCCAUACACUGGGAUUCUAAGUUGUUAGCUGCUGUUUACAGUGGAAUAAUAUGUUCAGGUGUCGUGUAUUACGUUCAGGGAUUGGUAAUGAAGGAAAGGGGACCUGUUUUUGUGACUGCUUUUAGUCCUCUAAGCAUGAUUAUUGUUGCUGUUAUGAGCUCCUUCAUGUUAGCUGAGAUAAUGUACUUGGGAAGAGUAAUUGGAGCAAUGGUCAUUGUGAUUGGCCUCUAUAUGGUUCUAUGGGGUAAAAGUAAGGAUCGGAUUCCAUCUGAAUCAGAAAAAGAUGACGUGGUUCCACCGGUUUAACGAAAACUACAUUCAUGGAGAGGACAGUGACAUCAGAUAAAAGAUUUUUUGGCCACUGAUGUUACCAAGUAAGAAGCUGAUAUGUACAAUAUAAUAACUGCUUCGAAUUUGAAUUUUCAAUUCGCAACGAAUUCCAUGCAAGCCAAAAUUUAUACAAGUUAAGCUGUUAUGUUGUUGCGGAUCAUUAAAAGAUUCUGGCGAAUUAUGAGUAGUGGACCAGUCACUUAAAAAAAGAAGAGGAAAUUUCUACUUUGAAAAUCUCAUAAGUGAAAUCAUAGUUUUAAUAUGGAACAGAGUGGUUGCUACUUGCUCCCUCCUUCUGCAGAAAGGUGUUUUGAAUUGGGCAUGGAUGCUCUUCUUGGCACAAUCUUUGUGUUGCAUGGUUUGAGUUUUAAUGUCAUGAAUUUUAUGCAGUACUUAUAUCACAAAUCCAAAUAAUUGAAUGCUUGAAUCCAGUUAGGUCCAUGUAAAGCUGGCAUCUUGACACCAAUAUUACUGAU